UCCAUUACCAGGACUUCCGUGACUGCCUGCCAAUUAUUUGGAGAUGGUCUGGUACUCUGUGGCCUGUGUAACUGUGUUUUGUGUUUACACGGGACGACUAAAUCGCUAGGAGGCUAUACUGGGUCCACCUAAACAUCGCCUAUGACGGAUUUUACCAUCCACGAUGGCAAACGUAUUCAAUGGAUCCUUGAAAUUAAAAAUUUGCGAAGCAGUUGACUUGAGGCCGACUGACUUCGCUACGCGAUUGAAUCUGGGUGGUACGAAAAACGUGCAGCUCAUUGAUCCCUAUAUAGCGAUAGAUGUGGACGACCAACCUAUCGCUAAAACAACCACAAAACCCAAAACGUUGAAACCAGUCUGGAAUGAGGAUUUCAGCUAUUCUGUUCACAAUGGGCAGACUAUUGGACUUACAGUAUUUCACGAUGCCGCGAUACCACCCGAUGAGUUCGUGGCCAACUGUUCUCUGACAUUCGAAGAUGUGAAAGGGAGACGCCGAGAUUUGUGGGUUGACCUAGAACCCAAUGGGAAGAUACACGUCGAAAUAGAAUUAAAUGGAUCUUCGGGAGGAGCAGCAUUUGCGGUGGAGCCCCAGAAGGAACGAGUGUUCCGGGAGCGGGAGGGGUUGCCCCUGCGACGUGGGGCCAUGCGAAGACGGGUACAUCAGGUUCAUGGACACAAGUUUAUGGCCACACUCUUCAGACAACCCACGUUUUGCUCAUUAUGUAGAGACUUCAUAUGGGGUCUAUGGAAGCAGGGGUAUCAGUGCCAAGUGUGUACAUGUGUAGUUCACAAACGAUGUCACCAACAUGUCGUUACAAAGUGCCCAGGAUCCAAAGACUCGGCACCAGAGGAGACAUCGGGUACAAGAUUUAAUAUAAAUAUACCACAUAGGUUUAGCGUACAUAAUUACAAACGACCAACAUUUUGUGAUCACUGUGGGUCCUUGCUGUAUGGACUGUUUCGACAGGGGCUUCAGUGUGAGGCUUGUAAAUUGAAUGUGCACAAACGUUGUCAGAAAAAUGUGGCAAAUAACUGUGGCAUCAACACACGAGACAUGGCACAGAUCCUUCAGGAGAUGGGCAUCACAUGUGACAAACUGUCUCAGAAACCCAAAAAGGUACCAAUAGCACCAGAUUCUCCACAUAAAGGGGGCUCUUCAGAGAAUAAUCUGCCUGUGAUACCAGACUCUGAUGGGCAAGGUAAACUCUCGGAUGACAGGUCCAGUAGAGGGAGGAGUCCCUCACAAGACCGCUCACAGCGCAAACGAGCUGACAAGUACUCACAGUCAGAUUUUCGUUUUAUUAAAGUUCUAGGAAAAGGGAGUUUUGGUAAGGUAAUGUUAGCAGAAAAAAUAGGUACGGACGAAGUAUAUGCAGUAAAGGUCCUUAAAAAGGAUGUAAUUAUACAGGAUGAUGAUGUAGAAUGUACCAUGACAGAAAAACGAAUCUUAGCAUUGUCGGCCAAACAUCCUUUCCUCACAGCACUUCACUCAUGCUUCCAGACUAAGGACCGACUAUAUUUUGUGAUGGAAUUUGUAAAUGGUGGUGAUCUAAUGUUCCAAAUUCAAAGAUCCCGCAAAUUUGAUGAACUUCGUGCACGAUUUUACGCAGCAGAAGUAACCCUUGCCCUGAGGUUUCUUCACCGACAUGGGAUUAUAUAUAGAGAUCUGAAAUUAGAUAACAUUCUUCUGGAUGCUGAAGGUCAUUGUAAGAUAGCUGACUUUGGAAUGUGUAAAGAAGGCAUGUUUGAAACCAAACUGACGCAGACGUUCUGUGGGACCCCUGAUUAUAUAGCACCGGAGAUCCUACAGGAGUUGGAGUAUGAUGCCUCUGUUGACUGGUGGGCACUAGGAGUCCUCAUGUAUGAGAUGAUGGCUGGCCAGCCUCCUUUUGAGGCAGAUAACGAAGAGGAUCUGUUUGAGUCCAUUCUCCAUGAUGAUGUACUCUAUCCAGUUUGGCUCAGCAAGGAAGCUGUGACUAUUCUCAAAGGAUUCAUGACCAAAAAUCCUGCCAAGCGACUUGGCUGUGUAAGAUCUCAAGGUGGAGAGAAAGCAAUCUUGGUUCAUCCGUUCUUCCUCGACAAGAUUGACUGGGAAGGGUUAGAGCAGAGGAAAGUGAAACCACCAUUCAGACCCAAGAUUAAAUCAAAGACAGAUGCUAACAAUUUUGACAAAGACUUCACAUCUGAAGAGCCAGCGUUGACACCCGUUGAUCCAUCUGUUGUCAAGGCCAUUAACCAAGAGGAGUUCCGGGGAUUCUCAUUUAUUAAUCCAGACUAUGGAAAAGUGUUUCAGUCGUCGGACAUUCAUUGACCGAGGUCUCAAUGCUGAUGGACAGAUGGCAGAUUGUGUUUUAACCCUUUAUCCCUUUCCCCUAUCCGUAACUCCCUACCCUCCAGAAUUACAACCUAGGUGAAUAAUGCUAUUUCCAUGUCUUUCUAAAUCUAUAGUCCUGUGACGUAUGUAACGAACAGCUGUCCAGCCUCUGGUGAGCUCUCUCCUGUAUAACUCACAGGCACAUAUGUUUCUAUCUGGGUUAGGAAGUGAGGCUACUAUCAGGGGGACAAAGUUUAGGGCAGAUGUUGCAGAUAAAUGAUAUGUGAAUUAAACUUUCAGAUGUUUACUACUGUUUUAGGUAGAUUUACUACUGUUGAUCAGGUAUGAAAGCCUGACACAGAAAAAUUCACAAAUAUUAUGAAAGUUAAUUGAAAAAACUUCAGUUCAAUUCGAUUAGAAUUCCUCUACACAAAACAAAUUUAAAUCAUAUUUUCUAGAUAUUACUACAUGGCAAUUAUUUCAAUCAUGGUUGUAGCCAAUCACACAUAACUUGGAAGUAGUCAGUUCCAAAUACUUGGCUUUAACCAAUCAAAUGAAAGAUUACAUUAGUCAAUUCUGAACACUUGGCUGUAAUCUAUCAAAUAUUGGAUUACAAUAGUCAAUGCUAAAUGCUUGGCUCACUCUUGAAGUAAGAGUUAUGUGCCCCUGGUCAGACUAUCUGUCGGAGAUUAAGUAUUUGACGUGUGCUAUUAUUUUGUGGUAAUACUUAGUUUACCCUAAAGUUUAGCCUAAAGUUUAGGAAGUUUAAAGUUGUUCUUUUACCAUUCAAGUGAAUUUAUGAUAGAUGGCAUUAUUCUUGGUUUUAUUUCCUAUUUUGAAUUUGAUAUUCCAUUCACUACAGCAAAACCUACUGCAGUGAAUGUUCAGAGCUGCAGGAAAAAGUGAGUUUAUUGUUUUCUGUUGUUUAAGGUUUUUUGCUUUAAUGGAUUUGUCAAGGUAAACACUUUGUUUAUCUCAGUUGUCACGUUUGGUUGUGUUUAGUGAUUUGUUUAGUGAUCUCUGUUGAUCAGUUAGUGCUAAUGUUUGUCUAGAGAGAUAUUAUCAUGAACAAGGAACUAUAGAAACAUAUGUGUCAGUGAGCUAUACCAGAGAGCUGACAUCCUUUUUUUAAUUAAAACUUACAUAAUGUCAUUUGUCCCAUUUUAACUAGUGAUAAAUAUGUAUAGAAAUCUAGAACAUUUAACACAGUGCUUCUACGUGACACAGAUUCCGAGUAUAACAUUAAAUCAGUGCUUCUGUGUGAAACAGAUUCUCUGUAUAACAUUAAAUCAGUGCUUCUAUGUGACACAGAUUCCCUGUAUAACAUGAAACAAGUGCAUCAGUGUAACACAGAUUCUCUGUAUUACGUCAAUCCAGUGCUUCUGUGUGACACAGAUUCCCGGUAAAGCAUAAAACCAGUGCUUCUAUGUGACAAAGAUUCACUGUAUAACAGGAAUGCGUUUGUAAGGCAGGUAUGGCCGACAGACUUCAGCAACAAUAAAUCUGAUGUAGCACUUUUUUUCUCCCCAUUGGACAAGUGGAUAGCAUGUGUUUUCUAUUUCGGCCUGGUGUACGCAUUUGUGUCUCAUCCAUGUUACUGGAGCGUCCAUCCGGAUCAACUGAGAGAGUGUGUGUUAAAUGGAUUGUGCAUUAAUUUACAUUGGCUUUCUUAUAAACCAAGGACUGUGUGGUAGUAGACAGAAAGCUAUAAUCAUAGUUUACAGUAUUUCUAAUUCAACCUCAUCCAACAUGAUUCAUCAGUGAGUCGGCCAUCUUUGAUAUUGUGCGGCUAUUGAUCGCUUAUUCUUAUAUCGACUUUCAUCUAGACUACUACCAUUAAUUUUCUGUAUAAUGAACAUAUUCUGGAUUAAUUUUCCAUAUCAUCCCAGAUUAAUGUAUUAUUAGAGUUUGUCAACAGUCACUGAAGAUCAGAGCGCAUUCCUCUCGCAUAUAUUGUUAACAGUCAUGUGACCUCCCUCACAAGGGAGACACCUCAAACUUCUGUACAGACUUGUGCUAAUGAAUCCUCUUACACAGAACAAAUGUUUACAACAUGUAGAUAGAUUCCAUGGGUGAGUGGAUUAGUUUGAAUUUAACACAAACAUGUUUAUUUUAGAGGUUGAUUGGUUUGACCCCUUUUUCCUUCGUUUUGUCAGCCUGUUCAGUGACACAAUGAUAGUCAAUGUAAAAAGGAACAUGUUGAUCAGGCAUAAAAGGGUUUGAGGUCACGCUAUAUAUAUAGAGGUUGUACCACAUAGGAUGGAGGUUAGAAAAGUCCAAGUGAGGUUGAGGUUGGUCAGGUCACCAUGGGAUGGAGGUUGGUCAGGUUGACAUGGGGUUGAGGUUGGUUAGGUCCACAUGUUGAUUAGGUCCACAUUGGACGAAGGUUUGUUAGGUCCAAAUGGGAAGGAGGUUGGUCAGGUCCACAUGGGAUGGAGGUUGGUAAGGUCCACAUCAAAUGAAGGCUUGUCAGUCCCACAUGAGGUAGAAGCUUGUCAGGUCCACAUGGGAUUAAGGUUGGUUAGGUCCACACAGGAUGGAGGUUGGUCAGGUCUACAUCGGAUGGAGGUUUGUUAGGUCCACAUGGUUUGGAAAUUGGUUAGGUCCACAUGGGAUGGAGGUUGGUCAGGCCCACAUGGGAUGGAGGCUCAGGUCAUACUAUUUGGUAUAUGAAGAAUAAUGAUUAUUUUGUUAUGAAUCUCUGGAAAUGAUGCCUUGUGUUGGAAUUUACUGACAUUAGUCCCUUCGAUAAUAUGAUAUUCCAAUCUAAAAGCAUUGCCCAAAAUUAGUUACAUAAUUCCAGGCUGAAUUAAAUCAUUGGAAUUUUGUGUUGUAUCUAAUAAAAAACAUUUUAUUAAUUGUGAUUAUAUAUCAGAUUUUGGUAAACUUAACUUAAGAGUACAACCAGAUCUGAAUAUUACCUGGCUAGGUUUGAAGGAGACAUUGAAUCAGAUCUGUAUAACCUGGCUUGGUAUGAAUAAGAUAUGGAAUCUGAUCUGUAUUAUCUGGCUUGGUAUGAAUGAGACAUUGAAUCAGAUCUGUAUUACCUGGCUAUGUCUGAAUGAGACAUUGAAUCAGAUCUGUACAUCACCUGGCUCAGUCUGAAUGAGACAUUAAAUAAGAUCUGUAUUACCUGGCUUGGUAAAAAUCAGGUCUGAAUAUUACCUGGCUAGGUCUGAAUGAGACAUUGAAUCAGAUCUGUACAUCACCUGGCUCAGUCUGAAUGAGACAUUGAAUAAGAUCUGUAUUACCUGACUAGGUCUGAAUGAGAUAUGGAAUAAGAUCUGUAUUACCUCGCUAAGUCUGAAUGGGAUAUGGAAUCAGAUCUGUAUAUCACUUGACUAGGUCUGAAUGAGACAUUGAAUCAGAUCUGUAUUACCAGGCUAGGUAUGAAUGAGACAUUGAAUCAGAUCUGUAUUACCUGACUAGGUCUGAAUGAGACAUUGAAUCAGAUCUUUAUAUUACCUGGCUAAGUCUGAAUGAGAAGGCAAAUAAGAUCUGUUCAUUACCUGCCUAAGUUUGAAUGAGAUUUAAAAUCAGAUCUGUAUAUUACCUUGCUAGGUCAGAAUGAGACCAAGAAUAAGAUCUGUAUAUUACCUGGCUAGGUCAGAAUGAGGCCAAGAAUAAGAUCUGUAUAUUACCUGGCUAGGUCAGAAUGAGGCAUAUUCCAGUAAGCAAACCCGGUAUCACCUGGUUUGGUUUGAAAUCGAUUGAGACAAGAAAUAAGUCGGAAAUCAAAUGAGACGUUGAAUUAGAUCUGUAUUUUACCUUGCUAGGUCUGAAUGUGAUAUGGAAUAAGAUCUGUUUAUUACCUGACUAGCUUCUUUCAGAACGGAUAAUCUCCAAUAAUUCUGAUCAGCUUAUGACAAGAUUUACAAAACAACUUUAUUUCAUGUUUUUUUUUAAUUUCUGUAACAUUUAAAAAAUCUAGUAAACAUUUUUGUUCAAAUAUAUCACAUGACAAAGCAAAACUGGUUUCACUUUGAUAACUAGUUUGAUUUUGAUCAACUAGUGAUGAUAAUAGACUAGUGUGACGAUGAUAAAACAGGUGUGGCCUUGAUGAAUUAGCGUGACCUUGAUAACUAGUGUGACCUUGUGAUCUAUCGUGACCUCUAUACUGAUGUCACAGGGGACCAACUGUGUAAGAUCAAGAGAUAGAAUGCCAAGUGAGCAAUAUAGGCCUAUAGGGCCUCCUUUUGUCUUGGCCAUCAGGAAUUUUGUAUUUUUUGAUGCAUGUCUGAAAAUGAUGGGUUAUCUGGCAAUUCAGUACACGUUAUUUUCCCAUUACUUGAACAUUCAUACAUUUACAAUUCAUUUAUUCAUAUAUAUUAUUUUUCGUUUAUUCAUUGUUCAUCCAUUCAAUUUUUCACUUAUCAUACAUCACUAUAUAAACUGUGACUCAUCUAAUGAUUGAUGUAGUCAAUCUAGUUUUCAUUUUGCAAUUUUAAAAAUAUAUACAAAAUUUUACAUGUGUGUGUAUAUAUAGGUAUUUUGUACAUAGACAAGUAAUAUAUGAAUUUUUUGGGGGGUAAAAAUGUGUUUACAUGUGUGAUGCAAUAGUGCUCUGGGUAUAUUUGUGUGAUAUAUGUCGAUGUCAGGCAACUGGAGGGGUAAAUCUGAUGCCAAUGUAUGAGGGAAUAGAUGAGUGCUUCAGUGACACGUGUGAACUUAAAUCAGUUAGGGUGUGCAAGCAUUAAAAAAGGUAGAUUACAGAGUACUAGGACAGCUACCAUUGUAACAUACAGACUGUAGGCAGUAUGGUCCUUACAUAAACUAUAUUGAGUAUAAGCUUUGUCAUUGCAGAUACAGACAGUAUUGAGUACAGUUUAGAUACAGGCUGUACUGAGUACAGUCUAGAUACAGGCUGUAAUGAGUGCAGUAUAAAGAUACAGGCUGUAAUAUUACAAGCUAUGUCAUAACAGAUACAGGCUUUGUUGAGUACAGUCCAUAGAAACAAGCUGUAUUGAGUUGAAAAUGUUUAAUAAUAAAAAAGAUACGGGCUGCAUUUAGAACAGGUUAUUUUAUAAUAGAUACCAUCUGUAUUUAAAACAAAACAUUAGAGGUAUAGGCUGUAUAGUGUACAGACAACAGGUACAGGCUGUAUUGAGCAUAAUCUAUAAAUACAGGCUGCUUUGAAUACAGUCUAUACAUACACAGGCUUCGAUUACAGUGUGUAUACACAGGUUGUAUUAAGUAUCGCCUAUAUAUACACAGAUUGUAUUGAUUAUAGUCUAUAUAUAUGCAAAUGUUGUAUUGAGUACAGUCUAUAUAUACAGGCUGUAUAGUGUACAGCCUAUACAUGUAUAUAUACACAGGCUGUAUUGUGCAGUUUUUAUACACUGGCUGUAUUGAGGACAGUCUGAAUAUUCAGGCUGUAUUAUGUACAGCCUGUACAUGUAUAUAUACACAGGCUGUAUUGAGUAGUUUAUAUACACAGGCUGUAUUGGGUACGGUUUAUAUACUAAGGCUGUAUUGAGUACUGUCUAUAUACACAGGCUGUUGGAGUACAGUUUAUAUACACAAGCUGUAUUGAGUACGGUCUAUAUACACAGGCUGUAUUGAGUACGGUCUAUAUACACAGGCUGUAUUGAGUAGUCUAUAUACACAGGCUGUAAUGAGUACGGUCUAUAUAUACAGGCUGUAUUGAGUACGGUUUAUAUACACAGGCUGUAUUGAGUACAGUUUACAUACACAGGCUGUAUUGAGUACGGUCUAUAUAUACACCGGCUGUAUUGAGUACAGUUUAUAUA